UACUACUACAUUUUCACGUUUGACCACACAAUUCAAUUAAAAAUAAUUCAUUAAAUAUGAGUAGCGCUAGUGAAUCAAUGGCUAAGCGUAAGUUGUUGGCGACAAUAGCUGAUGAAGAUAGUGUUACUGGGUUACUUCUUGCUGGAGUAGGACAAAUCUCCAACGAAGUUGGCAAAGAAUCCAACUUUUUGACCGUUAUUCCUGGUAAGACCACCGUGGACCAAAUUGAAGACGCAUUCGAUAAUUUUACAACUGGUAGAGAUGAUAUUGCUAUAUUAUUGAUCAAUCAACAUUUGGCAGAUUUAAUUAGAUACAAAGUAGAUAGUUAUACCAAUGCAUUCCCAGCCAUUUUGGAGAUUCCUUCCAAGGAUCAUCCUUAUGACCCUGAAAAGGAUUCCAUUCUUAAGAAAGUCAGAAGAUUAUUUGGCGAGUAAGUCUUUUGAGAAAUAUUUGAGGUUCAGUUCGGUUUUUUAAGAGUAUAGCAUGUUUUAGCUAGUUUAUACAUAGACUUUGUAUGUUUUUUUUUCAAUUGGAUUCUAUACAGACUACCUAUACAAGUACUU